CCAGCAAGAGACAGCAGCAGCAGCAAAGAGCAAGGGCAGCCGAGGCCAGCAGGGCGUUCGCAAGCGAAGCCGCAGCUUCAACAGCCAUGGCAAUUGCUGCACAGCAGAGUUCCCAGGCCAGCAGUUUAGGGACCGCAGGGUCAACGGUCGCGCAGACCCUGAGUCAGUCCACUGGCGUCAUGGCAAGCCAGCCAAUAGUGUUGACUUCCGAUGAGAUCGCCAUACAUCAGGCAGCACUGCAGGAGGCACAACUACAGAAGGCUUUAGGAGAGAUACAAGCGGAGAAGGAAAGAACGAUUAGAAGAAGAGCCAGGAUGCAGCGGAGAGAAGCGGACGUCGCUGCGUUCUAUAACUAUUGUAAGCAAAAUCCGGAGGAGGGUAUGCAUCUAGUUUAUGUCUCUGCAACAGGCGAGCCGAUGAAAAUGUCGCCGGAGAUAGAGGGAGUAGUUGCUAAGUACCCUGAUCUAUUUGAAGAGCCAACCGGGAUUGUCGAGAGGGAGGUCGUCCACGCGAUAAAGAUUAUCCCAGGGUCUAGCAUCCCGAAGGGUAGGAUCUAUCGGAUGUCUCCAGGCGAGCUUGACGAGCUUCGCCGGCAGCUCAAGGAACUCAUAGAGAAGGGUUGGAUCCGGCCGUGUCUCCCCUUACGGAUCACCAGUUUUAUUUGUGCCAAAGAAGGGGGGUACGCUGAGGAUGUGCAUUGACUAUAGGGGCCGCAAUGCCAUCACUGUCAAGAAUCGAGAGCCCCUACCGCGCAUCGACGAUUUGCUGGAUAAAGUGCAAGGGUGUCG